AUAGUUUGGAAGGAUCAAAGUACUAUUUUCAAAUAUUUUAAAUAAAUAUUAUGAUCUGUGCCAAAAUAUGGAUAUUCGUUUUUUUAUUAUUUCUGUGAAUUUUGACACAUAUUCUCUGUUUGACUUUAUUUUAAGGAAGAAAGUCUUCAACUUUGCCAAACUGUGUUGUGGGGAGAAAUCACACCAUGUAGAUGGAGAAUCUGUCAGCUAUGGAUAUUUGUAGGAGACAGUGUAUCGAUGUGCUGUAUACAAUCAUAAUGUGCUCCACACGUGAGUCACACUACACAGUUGUGCUUGAGAAAGUCCAUAACAAAAAGCCAGUGAGUGUUCCGCUAGCCCGAGACUGUCCUGGUUGUCUAAAUCUUAAUACGUUCUGGAUAGUAAGAAACCAGAUUGGUACCCCAGGUUCUACUUCAGUGGUUUUUAGAAAUCCUUAUGAAUUCUUAAGGGCGAGUAUUAUCGGCCUGCUAUUUUUGAUGGUAUGCGCCGCUGCAUCAACAACAACUCCAGUCGUGACUUCCACAGCAUCUCAGUCGUCCAGCGUCCUCACCACUGUGUCAACUACAACGCCAACAUCCACACCGGCUGUCACCACCACUAACGCCACAACUCGAGCCAACAGGACUAGAAUUGUGCUGGGUUACAUCACUUCACUGACCAGGCCCAAAAACCCGGAACUAGCCGCCGGCCCUAAGAUCUCCGGUGCCAUGACCUACGCCAUCGCGGUCAUCAACAAUGACACGUCACUGCUUCCUGGUUAUGUUUUGGCCUUCCUAUUGGGCAAUGGCAACAAUUCGGACCUUACCUCAUUAAAUUUACUCACAGAACAAUGGAAGUCUGGGGCUGUGGCUUUCUUUGGACCAGAAGAUUCAUGUGAAGUGGAAAGCAGGGUGGCAGCGGCUUGGCAGAUGCCCAUACUUGCAUAUAAAUGCAAUGACCCCGUGGUGUCGGACAAGGACCGGUUCCCGACCCUCGCCAGGACACAGCCCCCAGCAUCCCAUUCAGUGAGAUCAAUUCUGGCGCUGAUCAGUUACUACAACUGGACGAAAUUCUCAAUCAUUGUUGAACAGGAUGGCCUCAUGCCUCGUGCUGGUCUAAACCUGGAGACGUUGGCCCUGAGUAAGAACAUGACUGUCAGCCAUUUCGUCAACAUCUCAGGACCGUACAGUGUUUUUGAUGCUGCCCAGAAACAGGCAGUGUGGGAUGCAGUGGACUCUACGUACGUCUCAACGCGAAUUUACGUUGUGUUCUCAAGGGAGCGGAUGUUUGCCGAGUUCUUGAAAGCAAUGUGGGAACGUGGACUGACCAACACCAGUGAAUAUGUGGUCAUAACUGUCCAGAACGACAUGCCAUGGAAUGAAUCCCUCAGUCAAUCCCUCAUAUUUCAAGCCACGGAUUUCGCUGGAAACAGAGACAACCACUCAUACGAACUUUGGCGGUCUGUGUUUAUGCUGAUCAAUAUGCCAAUCACUAACCCAAACUACACUCGCUGGGAGAACUCGGUCAGGGAUUACCUGUACAGACCUCCGGUCAACUUGACCAGAUCUGUUGGAGACAUACUGCUUGGGAUAAAAGUUCAGAUUCCAGUCUACGCCGCUUACCUUUAUGACUCUGUCUUAGUCUACGCCAAGGCUCUACACGAUGUCAUUGCAGAAGGGAAGACCCCAAAAGAUGGCGCAGCUGUCUUUAACAAACUUCGAGAUCGAACGUUUCAAAGUAUUCAAGGCCACGAGGUUUACCUUGACGAGAACGGCGACGCCGAGGCGAACUAUACAGUGAUUGCCCUCCAGCCAAUGAAUAACAGCUACGGACAUGGACUCAAACCCGUGGGGAGAUUUAUCAGAAGUAUCAAAGACAGGAAACUGGUGAAUUUCCUGAUGGACAUAGACGUGUUUGGGGACAACGUGCCGCUGGACGAGCCUUUGUGUGGCUACUACAAUGAAUGGUGCCGAGUGGCGGAGGAAACAAAUAUCACGCCUGCCAUUAUUGGAGGAUGUCUUGGGAGUCUCGGCCUGAUCCUGCUCAUUACUCUGACAGUUUUAUAUAGGUCAGUAGCAGUACUGAAGACAUCUUUUUAAAAUUUAUUACAAUACCUCUAUUGAAGUCACUCCUUCAUGGAGUCUGAACCCUGAUCACGAAUACUGCUCUAACGAUUUUCCU